UGUUUGUGGUCCUAUUCCACUUUUUCUUCACCUAUUAAUUCCUUACACUUUCUUCACCUUCACAACUCCAUCCAGUUUCCCCCUUCUUAAUAAUGCUCAACCAUUCUCCAUUUAACCAAAACCUCAUUGUAAAUUCUGGCACUUACACUUCCUAAACAAUGGAGGGCAAGAACUUUGAAGGAAGGCAAACAUGGAAAGAGAAGGCGAAGAAGGAUGUCGAGGAAGUAGAGGAUGACUACUCGGAUGAAGAAGAGACCAGUGGUGGUGGCGGAGGGUUGAUGCUGAGAUUUGAAGAAAAUGAGAGGCAGAAGAAAGCCGCUGCAGCUGGAAGAAGAGGAUCUGGUGGCGGAGGUGGAGGUGGAGGGGGGAUAGCGCAACCGUCUUGUCAAGUGGAGAGGUGUGGGGCUGAUUUGGUUGAUGCAAAGAGGUACUACCGCCGGCAUAAGGUUUGUGAGUUUCAUUCCAAGGCAGCUGUUGUGAUCGUUUCCGGGAUUCAACAGCGGUUUUGCCAGCAAUGCAGCAGGUUCCAUGAGCUAAUUGAAUUUGACGAAGCAAAGAGAAGCUGUCGCCGGCGUUUGGCAGGACACAAUGAACGACGCCGCAAGAGCUCAGGCGAACCUUACGGAGAAGGAUCGAGCCGGAGAGGGGUUGGUCACCAGUACAAAGAAAGUCAGACUGGAUAUCAGAUCACACCCCCAGGAAACUCUUCUUCCAAGCAUUGCCAGAUCAGAUAAGGCCAAUGCAUGUUGUGAUCUGCCCUCUACAUGCUCCCUCUCUUCUGUCAUCCAUGGAUUUUAGAAGCUCUGCGUAUGAUUGUUCUAAUUAUGCUAAAUAUUGAGAAUUCUGAAGGAAGUGCUAUUUCUUUGUCUACCUAAUUAGCUACAACCUUAUGUUGGUAUGCUUUGUCUCUAGGCCAUUACGUAUGUAGACUAUGUAAGCUUCUCAAGCUAAUGUGUUGUAUGGUUAUGUAGUUUAGACUCUUGCGUGGUCAUAAGUGCUUAUUAUAAGCACAACAAAACUUCUACUGGAAGAUCAUGUGCUUCUUAGAAAAGCACUUACAAAGUAUUUAUGGAUAAGCAAGCACCUCAAAGAGUUUUAAUAAGAUAAUUAUAAGUCGUUGGAUGAAA